AUGAGUCCCGCGCGGCGGAGCGCCCCAAUUGUGCUGCGCCUACUGGGCGGGCUGGCCCCGCCGCUGCUGCUGCUGCUCCUGCGUCCUCCGGCUGCGUCGGGUGACUGCAGCCUUCCCCCAGAUGUACCUAAUGCCCAACCAGCUUUGGGAGCUCUUACAAGUUUUCCCAAACAAAGCACAGUAACGUACAAAUGCAACGAAGGCUUUGUAAAAGUUCCUGGCAAGGCAGACUCAGUGGUCUGUCUGAAUAAUAAAUGGUCAGAGGUUGCAGAAUUUUGUAAUCGUAGCUGUGAUGUUCCAACCAGGCUACUUUUUGCAUCUCUCAAAAAGUCUUAUACCAAACAGAAUUAUUUCCCAGAAGGUUCCACUGUAGAAUAUGAUUGCCGUUUGGGCUACAUAAGGGACCAUUCUCUCUCAGGAAAACUAACUUGCCUUCAGAAUUUUACGUGGUCCAAACCUGAUGAAUUUUGUAAAAAAAAAUCAUGUGCUAACCCUAGAGAAAUAAAAAAUGGUUACGUCAGUAUAACACAUGACCUAUUAUUUGGAUCGCCCAUCCAUUUUUCAUGUAAUACAGGGUACAAAUUAGUUGGUCCAACUUCUAGUUACUGUUCUCUUGCGGGAAAUACUGUUGAGUGGAGUGAUCCAUUUCCAGAAUGCCAAGAAAUUUUAUGUCCAGAACCACCAGAAAUUGACCAUGGAAUGAUUGAAAAGAAACAAAACAGUUAUGCAUAUAGACAAUCUGUAACAUAUAAAUGUAUGAAAGGCUUCACCCUGCAUGGAGAGAGCUCUAUCAAUUGUACUGUAAAAGAUGACCAAGGAGAAUGGAGUGGCCCCCCACCUGAAUGCAAAGGUAAUCAACUGACUACAAAGGUCCCACCAACUCCUCAGAAAUCCACCACUGUAAAUGUUUCAGGUACAGAAGCCCCACCAACUCCUCAGAAACCCACCACUGUAAAAGUUUCAGCUACAGAAGCCCCACCAACUCCUCAGAAACUCAUCAAAAUAAAUUCUUCAGCUACAAAGUCCCCACUAGUUUCUCAGAAACCCACCACUGUAAAUGUUCCAGCUACAGAAGUCUCAUCAGCUCCUCAGAAACCUUCCACAGCAAAUGAUUCAGCUACAACAGCCCAAAAUUCCCCCAUAUCAAACACUGUCUCUACAGCAGCUCAGAAUCCCAUCAUGGCAAAUGCUUCUGCAUCACAGGCCACACCAACAACCCAAAGAUUCACCAUGGCAAAAUCUUCACUUACACAGAAUCUUAGAGCAACACAAAAGUCCACUGCUGUACAUACCCCAGUGAUCAAGAGUCUCCAUGCAACACAAAGAUUGACCUCUGCUCAUGUUACAGCAACAAGGAGUCCAGCUGUUUCCAGGGCAAUCACACGUUUUCAUGCAACAAGCACACCUAAAGGAGGAGGAAGCUCUCCUUCAGUUGCUAGCAUCAUUGCAUCGGGAUGUGUUGCUGGUACUCUAAUAAUUGGUACCAUAAUUCUAGUCAAAAUUUUCUGGGGCAGUGGAAAAUCAGGCUCUUACUACACACAAGAGAACAACAAAGCACUUAAUGUUAAGUUUCAUAAUUUAACUGUGACUGGUGAUGCUACGGAAGUAAGACCUUCUGUUAAUUUACAACAGGUAUAUGGUUCAAUAAAAUCAAUUUCUGUAUCUUGGAAAAUGUCCAUUAACACAAUUAGCUUGAUAUCUAUCUGUGAUUAUUAA